ACUACUCCAGCUCUUGUGGGAACCAACGUGUUGAGACCAUUAUUGAACCAAGUACUAGCAGUCCAUGGUGUUUAACUUUUACAUGCAUGCAGAUACAGGACAAACAACUUGAAGGAAAGGUGGGAUUAGUGAAAUGUACCGAAGAUGCUCCUGUUAUGCUAUACAGUAAUCGUUCGAUGUGUUUGUCUGGCAUAAUUCAAGAUUUAAAACUGGGUACCCGACAGCGAGUUAUUUUCCAGAAUUCUCCUGAUUCUCUGAUUCCAGCGGAAAUAGAGGUAACACCAACUAUUUUGGAGUUGUACCCAGGUGAGGAAGGGAAGGAAGUUGUAGUACGAUUGUCGAACCUGUCGCUAUCGCCUGUGAAGAUUUAUCCACAUAGUAUCCUCGGUGAACUUCACGUAGUGGACUUAGUGCGAAAGACGACAGUGAACAGUAUUUUACCAUCAUCUACUACAGAAUCAACCACCACUGAUACGUUCUUGGACAAGAUUGAUUUCGCUACUUCUGCGUUGAAUCCAGAUCAACUCCAUACGUUUAAAGAUUUCCUAAACCAGUGGUCCCCAAUAUUUUCACACAGUGACAGAGACAUCGGGAGUAUUAGUUUGGUGAAGCAUAAGAUCCAGCUAUCAGACGAAAUUCCUUUCAAACAGCCUCAUCGUCGAAUACCACCAGGCAUGUAUGAGGAAGUGAAGGAACAUCUUCACGAUUUAAUAGAAGCAGGGAUAAUAAGAAGAAGCCAUAGCCCUUAUGUAUCUCCAGUAGUGUUAGCCCGGAAAAAAGACAACUCGCUCAGGAUGUGCGUUGAUUACAGGAUGCUAAAUAAAAAGACCAUUCGCGACGCCUAUGCUCUACCACGAAUAGAGGAGAUGUUAGACAACCUGGCAGGGUCCAAGUAUUUUUCGGUUGUUGACAUGAAGAGUGGGUAUCAUCAAGUGAGCAUCGAGGAUUCUGACAUACCGAAGACAGCGUUCACAGUAGGACCACUAGGAUUUUAUGAAUAUGUGAGACUCCCGUUCGGACUUACUAAUGCCCCUGGAACGUACCAGCGCCUAAUGCAAGACUGUCUUGGAGAUCUAAAUUGGAAGAUAUGUGCUAUUUUCAUAGACGAUCUUAUUAUUUUCAGUAGGACUUAUGAAGAACACAUCGAAAGACUGACACAGGUAUUCACAAAACUCAGGGAGCAUGGAAUCAAGCUGGCACCAAAAAAAUGUGAGUUCAUCCAGGAAAAAGUACGCUAUCUAGGCCAUAUUGUAUCUGAAGACGGAAUAACCACAGAUCCGAAGAAGACGGAUAAGGUUGAAUCCUGGCCAGUUCCAACCAACGUAGAUGAACUAAGGAAGUUUUUGGGUUUUGUGGGCUACUAUCGGAGAUUCAUCAAAGAUUUUUCCAAGACAGCAAAGGUUUUGAAUGACCUACUGGUUGGAGGACCAACUGUGAAGAAGAGGGGGAGAGCAGUGAAGGAGAAACAGAAGAAAGAGUGGAAAUGGGAAGAAGCUCAGAAAGAGGCGUUCCAAAACCUCAAAACAUCAUUAGUUCAGCCACCAGUACUUGCCUACGCAGAUUUUACUCAACCGUUCAUCCUACAUACAGAUGCCAGUGGAGUUGGGCUAGGAGCAGUACUCUACCAGAAGCAGGAUGGAUUUGAACGAGUCAUUGCAUAUGCGAGUAGGAGCCUAACCAAAGCUGAAAAGAAUUAUCCAGCUCACAAGCUUGAGUAUCUGGCACUGAAAUGGGCUGUCACAGAUAAAUUCCACCAAUAUCUGUUCAACAACAACUUCACAGUUUUCACGGAUAAUAAUCCUCUCACCUACAUCCUGACCACGGCAAAGUUGGACGCCACUGGACACCGUUGGCUUGCUGCCCUAUCCAACUACAACUUUUCGAUAAAGUAUCGUGCUGGAAGGAAAAAUAUGGAUGCAGAUGCUUUAAGCAGGAUGACUGAAAAUGAUUACCAGGAAGUGAGCCCAGAUGUGAUGGAAGCAAUCCGAAAUAGCGACACUGAUGAAGGCUACAUCCAAACCGUCAGCAUGUCACACCAAGUAUCACCAAACAUGAUGACUUUAACAACUCCCAUUGUUAGCCUAGGAGAGUGGGAAAGGAGACAGGGUGAAGACCCAUUACUUCGGCAACUCUGCAAUGACAUCCUGAAUGGAAGACCAGCUAGGACAAAAACAGGAUCACCAGAAGAAGCUGCAUUGUACCGCCAUUAUGAACACUUCGUUCUUAAGUCUGGUACCCUGUAUAGGCGCACAAUGGUGGCAGGAGAUGAGAUUUUACAACUGGUUUUGCCUGAAGCCUACAGACGUUUGGCGAUUGUCGGAGUCCAUGACGACCUAGGACAUCAGGGAAGAGAUCGAACUAUAGGUUUAGCUCAAGAAAGGUUCUACUGGCCCAAAAUGACGUUUCAGAUAGAGGAGUCCUCGGUGUGUGCGUAGGAAGGCUUUACCAUCAACCUGUCCUUUGGUCAACAUCAAAACCGGUCAACCGAUGGAAUUGGUCUGCAUGGACUACAUGUGUGUGGAAGAGGCGAAAGGAGGCUAUGAUAGUAUAUUAGUCAUCACUGACCAUUUCACCAAAUAUACCCAAGCAGUGCCAGUUAGGAACACAACAGCUAAAACAACUGCCAAGGCAUUAUUUGACAACUUUAUCGUGCACUAUUGGAUUCCUCAACGGCUACAUAGUGAUCAAGGCCAGCAGUUCGAGGGAAAAAUCAUCAAGGAAUUGUGCCAGUUGACUGGGAUCGAAAAGUCUAGAACAACACCAUACCAUCCACAAGGGAACGGACAAUGUGAACGGUUCAAUCGGACUUUGCUGAAUAUGCUCGGAACUUUGCAUCCUGAACAGAAGUCGGACUGGAAAUCUUACGUUGCUCCACUCAUCCACGCAUACAAUUGUACAAGACAUUCAUCAACAGGAUAUUCACCGUACGAAUUGAUGUUCGGAAGGAAACCAACCUUAGCUGUUGAUGUUAUGCUAGGAAUUGUGGAUAGUACAGAGGCCAAAGGAAACUACAACUCGUAUGUUGGAUCUCUGAAGGAAAAGCUGGAACACGCAUAUCUUACAGCAUAAGCUUUUAGGGAGGAUACGCAGGAACUUCAGCGGAAAAAAUGCAACCUAAGAGCCAGGAUAAAUGUGUUGGAACCAGGGGAUUGUGUUUUAGUGAAACGCCUAGUUUUUCCAGAGGGCAGACACAAGCUAGCAGAUAAAUGGGAGGAUAAGCCAUGUAAGAUUUUGAGACAGCCAAACAAGGACAUACCGGUUUACGAACUACAAGCGAUUGGUGGAAAUGGUCGGAAAAGGACAUUACACAGGAACCAUCUUUUACCCAUCAGUACGUUACCGGAAAUUUCACCAGAUGUCAACACUAGAACAAGACCAGUACCACGACCAAGAACUAGACAACCAAAGGUAAUACCAGAACCGGAAGAGUCAUCCAGUAGUGAAGAAGAUGAGGAUCAGGUGUACUUAGUGGAGGAUGCAACCUACUUGCAACCUGCUAGCACCACUGAGGUACACGAUGGGAACGAAGGACAAGCUGAGAUCGACACCAGUGUUCAAGAUGGUGGAAGCAGGCCUGAACCACCAGACUCAUGAGUUUGUCACCAGAUAGGUUGCAGGUCGUACUAACUAUGUUGCCAGGUUUAUGCAAGUCCUUGUUUCCGGAUGUAUUUUAGUUUAGCUGGUGUUGGAGACGGCCAGGUCAUAUUGUGAUCGGAUGUCGAAUAUGGUUAAUGUCGGGGACAACAUUUGCAUUAGGGGGGAAGUAUGUGGGAGAGUGAUUUUAUUGGGGAAUAUUUUAAAGUCACCAAUACUAAGUUUUAAGUGUUAGAUAAUAUGUUCCACUUCACUAGCUUUAGCUAUCCUGUGUUUCUAUCGACUUUCUAUCCACCACUAUCUUAAGUUAGAGUGAGUUUUUUCUCACUUUUGGUAUCUUGUCUUGGUUUUAACCUUUGAACCUGAGUAUAUUGUGGUCAGAUGAUUUGGUAUCCAGGGAAUGUUUGGACACUUAGGUAAUAGAGUUUGAGGCAAUAGGUUGACUAUUUUCAGUUCUCCAUAUUGCAACUUAUUUCUGUAUAGUCAUAGUUUAAUUAGCUAGUUUUAGAUAUUUCAUUUCUAAUAUAGUUUAUAUAGAAGUUAGAUUAAAGUAUUUAAUAGUUCCAGUGAUUGCCAGGUAGGGUAUGUAUUAUAUUGUUUUAUGUAGUUUUAUCAUAGUUUUCAAAGUCUUGGUCAUGUUGGACAUAUAGUGUCAGACAUAUUGGAUUUUUAGUAAAAUGUAAAGUUCCUUGGGUUUAGUAAUGGUUUAUAGUUAGUAUAUUAUACAUUUCACCACUUUCAUUCAAAUAUACUUUUAAACAUCUAUUGCAUAUUCACACAUUCAUAUAUUUUAUUACAGAUACUUCAAAGGUACUUCACCUUUGACAGUCUGUCUAGCCAGCAAAACCCCUCUCUAGGGGUUUCUGUUAUAUCUGAAUAAACCGUUGAAUCGAA